UAGAGCUAAAGCGGCCACGAUAUCACCAGGUGAGCCGUUAGCCGACCUCACGAACGGCCACUCAGCUCGCGAAUCGCGCCUAGCCCGCAUCGGCUACAUACGCGCCUCAUUUCACCUAACUCUACACACAUUUCCGUAUCCAUGAGUGGGGAUCCAGAGUAUAUCAGCACUAAUUAUAGCAUGCGCAACAAUGUCAAGCCAUCCUUCUGGGAGCAGAGGACGCGGAUGGAGAAGCGUCUUCUGAUGGCAGUAGGGGUGGUGACGGUGCUGGCCGUUGCCUUCCUCGCUGCCUUCCUCGCCAUCAUCCUGCUGCGGACCUCCCCGGACAACGCCGAUGACAUGCCACAGACUAGCGAACUGAGAGUCUCCCCAUCCCUGCCACCAGCUGUUAUAUCCAAGAGCGACCAGGGCGAAGACUUAGUUUGCAACUCGCCUGGCUGCGUCCACACAGCAUCGAAGUUGUUACACAACAUGGACGACAAAAUAGAUCCUUGCGACGAUUUCUACGGUUUCGCUUGCGGUUCCUUCCUGAAAAACACCAGGAUCCCCGAUGACAAGACGUCCGUGAACACCUUUUCAAUUAUCACUGACCAAUUGCAAGAGCAAAUCCGCACUUUACUGGACGAGCCUGUCAAAGAAAAUGAACCUCGCCCGUUCGUGCUCGCAAAAACACUGUACCAGGCCUGCAUGAACAGAACUGCCAUCGAAGCUCGUGGAGUCAAACCUCUGCUAGAAAUGAUUGAACGUUUGGGAGGAUGGCCUGUCCUUCUAGGCGACACCUGGGAUGACAGUACAUUCACAUGGGAUGAAUCGGUAUACAAAUUCAGGUCUGCUGGAUACUCCGUUGACUACUUCCUGGACUUCUCCAUCAGCGUAGACGUGAAGAACUCAACAAAACGAAUCAUUGAUCUCGAUCAGGCGUCUCUGGGUCUAAGCCGGGAGUAUUUGAACCGGGGCUUCAGUGACAAGUUGGUAGUGGCUUACUACGAGUACAUGGUGGACAUCGCUACCCUCCUCGGGGCAGAUAGAGCUCGCGCUGAGGUGGAACUCAAGGACUCGCUGAUGUUCGAAAUGAAACUUGCCAAUAUCUCCUUGCCAUUAGAAAAACGUCGUAAUGCUACUAGUCUCUACAACCCGAUGACCAUUGGUGAACUGCAAGUCAAGUUUCCAAGGAUCCCAUGGCUGAAAUACAUCAACCGCCUGCUCGCUCCUCAUAUUCAAGUUGGUCUGGAUGAAAUCACUAUUGUCAACGUGCCGAAGUAUAUGUCCGAUCUCGAGGAUCUCCUUGAGAUCACCCCCAAACGUGUGCAAGCUAACUACGUGAUGUGGCGCGUGGCGGGUGCAUCCGUGUCUUACCUGACUGAGGACUUACGGAGUCGGCAGCUGGCAUAUGUGACUGCCCUAUCCGGCAAGACAGAGCGCGAAAGCCGCUGGAAGGAGUGCGCUGACACUGCUAGCGUGAGUAUGUCCAUUGCCGUGGGAGCUCUCUACAUCAGGAAAUAUUUCAACGAAGACUCGAAAUCCAAUGCAUUGGAAAUGGUGAACGAUAUAAGGCAACAAUUCCGCAAAACGCUUACCCAAGUGGACUGGAUGGAUGAGAAGACGCGAGAGGAAGCGCUUCAAAAGGCCGAUGGCAUGUCUUCCCACAUAGCCUACCCCAAUGAAAUGCUCGAUAACAAAAAACUGACGGAGUUCUACGAUGGAGUAUGUUUGGAGAUGAAGGCUGAUAAGCUGAUGGAGUCUGUUCUGAACCUCACGCUGUACGGCACUGAAUACCUGUUCAGCAAACUGCGCGAGCCAGUCAACAAGACCGACUGGGUCACCCACGGACGCCCCGCUAUCGUCAAUGCGUUUUACUCAUCCAUUGAAAACAGCAUCCAAUUCCCGGCUGGUAUCCUGCAAGGAACGUUCUUCUCAGCCCAACGUCCAGCUUACAUGAACUAUGGUGCUAUUGGUUUUGUUAUCGGUCACGAAAUCACUCACGGCUUCGAUGAUCAGGGACGUCAAUUCGACAAAAAUGGAAAUUUGGUUGACUGGUGGCAAGAGAUGACUAAACAAAAAUACCUGGAGAAAGCAAAAUGUAUCAUUGAUCAAUACUCGAACUACAGCGUCGCUGAAGUGAACAUGAAGCUUAACGGCGUUAACACCCAGGGUGAGAAUAUCGCUGACAACGGUGGAAUUAAAGAAGCUUAUUACGCUUACCAAGCUUGGACGCAAAGACACGGACAAGAAGCUAGUCUUCCAGGUCUCGACAAGUACAGUCCUAGACAGCUUUUCUGGUUGAGCGCGGCAAACACAUGGUGCUCAGUUUAUCGUAACGAAGCCAUCAAACUCCGGAUCACGACCGGCUUCCAUGCGCCUGGCCGCUUCCGCGUCAUCGGACCAAUGUCCAACAUGGAGGAAUUCUCUGCUGACUUCAAAUGUCCCGUGGGCUCCCCAAUGAACCCAGUCAAGAAAUGCAAAGUCUGGUAAACUCCUCACAAGACCAAGGAAACGCUCUCUCGCCCAACAGGAAUCGGACCUAUGACAGACUGAUCGUCUGAUCGUCGUCUGAUCGACCGAUCUCAACCUUUUUCGCACCAGACAGAAGCUGUUUCCUCCCACACUGAGAAGUUUAUUCCAUUAAAGUCGACGGGUGCGAACACAAUUAGAUGUUGGAUGUUUUGUCUUACGAUGUUUUACAGGCAUGGCCGAUAACUUAAACACCGCCAAAGCACUUUGAUUGAUCUAUAGUAAUUUAUAAAUUAUUGUUCACUUUGAAGAAUCACAUAUUCAUACAUAGAUAAAUAUUAUAUUGAUGUCGGCCAAGUUCAUAUAACUCAAUGUUUUAGAUGCAUUUUAAGUAAGUAGAUAUGUAUAGGGUACUUACUUGUCUAAGUAAUUUAAUCGCAAAUCCGCAUUGGUGAGAUUUUUAGACUGACCACUAAGAUUGUUGAACAAUUCAUAGUUAUAUUUUUUUAUUUGGUAAGUUGUUAGGCAACUAGACAACAGCCUCCACUAACAACCGUCUUAAAAGUUCACCUAAGCAACGAUACACUUAUUUCGUGUUUCGAGUACAUUUUUAAGUUGCCUAUCAUUUGAUGAAAUUCACAGACAUAUGUGUGUGUCUAGAUUAAUUUAGUUUAUUACUUAACUUAAAGAUCAAAUUUAUGGUCAAGGUUCCACCAUGCAUGAAUAGGACACCAAACUAAAUUCAUUUUAAGUUCGCCGGAGAAGAAGGAUAUUAAAAGUACUUUGAAAUCAAAAGCCAAUAGCAAUCUUCUAUAUAAAAACCUUGCAAAUAUGUCACUCACGUGUGAACCGCUGGUUAUAUUUAAAUAUACUUACAUGUUUACAUUUAAAUUAGAUAAACAGAAAAUACUCGAGUGUUCCCGGUUUCCUGUAAAUUGCAUCUAUACAGAAUUCUACACCAGGUUAGGGCAUAAGGCGUUAAGAUCAUGUAAAAUGGAAAAAUACUUUCCAAUACGGGUUAUAAAUCUUACGGCAGACUCAGGCCAAAUCAAGAACCUUAGCUUUAAUAUCAUUACCUUACCUAACCUUUUUACUAAUACCCGCUUAACCUGCCUAUAUUUUUCAAAUGUUAUUAAUAAUCUAAAACCCCGUAAAUCGUUAUCAAACUUAUAUAUAUAUCUUAUAGUAUACAAGCUACCUUUCAGUAUUUAAUCAAAUAUUAACUACGAUAAUAUACCUGGGUACCUAUAUAAUAACCGUUUCACGGAUUUUGUGUAGGACAACGUAUACUUACUUACAAAGCAGGAAUCCCUUUACAUAGCACAGUGAUAAUUUAAUGUUAGUAUAAGUACUUAGUUCAUUAAGUUAAAUUUUAGGAUAUUAUCUUAUUGUUGUAAACGUUUGAAAACCAAUAAAAAGAUUUGUAUCGACUG